UCCUCAUAUUUCUUUCAAAAUACUUGACAUGUGUUCAAUUGGAGAAAAGUUUGCAAAGUCGUGUUCAACUUUUGGAAAUCUCUCAAUAGUUUCAAAUUCAGUAAUUAACCCAACUGCUCAUUGGCAACAAUACUCAGUAUAUAAUUAACUGGAUUAACCUUCCACAUAAUUUUGUGGUGAACCUUCAGUCAGGAGUUAAGAGAGUUUACACCUGUUCUGUUCAUUUGAUGAAUUAGACACCACCCACCUAAUUAUAUAGAGAGUUUUUAUAGCUGGAGUAUGCAGAAAAUUGGGGAAUAGUUCCCAUAAGAUGGCUGGGUUGAAUGAUUUGUGAGAACUUACACAGGGCUCUGGCUAUAUGAACAAUUUGUGCUGUGCAUUUCAGUUGGCAGACACCAUCCUUGAUCAACUUCUAUUGCAAAUUUUGCUGUAACCACGACAGGCAACUUUUCAUUAUCGAGAAAUGGCUUGGAUGGAUCCCCUUUCUGUGUUGUUCCUAUUUCCCUUGGCAAUUGCAUUCCUUUGGAAAAUGAGCAAUUUAUGGAACAGCAGUAGCCAAAAUCUUCCACCGGGACCAAAACCAUUACCACUAAUAGGAAACCUCCAUCUAAUGGAUGUGAAGAGGCCUUACAGAACCCUGUUAAAGUUAUCUGAGCAGUAUGGUCCUGUCUUCAGUGUCCAACUGGGAUUCCAGAAAAUGGUGGUUCUGGCUGGCUAUGAAACAGUAAAGGAGGCUUUGGUGAACCAGGCAGAUGCAUUUGCGGAGCGGGCCAGCAUCCCGAUCUUUGAAGAGGGUACAGGAGGCUAUGGAGUUGUUUUUUCUCAUGGUGAGAACUGGAAAGUGAUGCGGCGGUUUACGUUAACCACGUUGCGUGACUAUGGAAUGGGCAGGAGGACCAUAGAGGACAGAAUUGUCAAAGAGUGCCAUUUCCUAAUACAGAAGUUUGAAUCUUACAAAGGAAAACCAUUUGAGAACACUGUAAUCAUGAAUACUGCUGUUGCCAAUAUUAUCGUAUCCAUAUUGUUUGGCAAGCGAUAUGAAUAUGAAGAUUCCACAUUUGUAAGACUACUGAACUUGAUCAAUGAAAAUAUCCGGCUUCUUGGAAGUCCCUCUGUCACGCUGUUCAACAUGUUUCCAGCGCUGGGCUUUCUUUUUGGUGGUCGCAGGACUGCCCUUUCUAACAAGGUGGAAUUGGACAACUUCAUACAGGACACUUUCUUAGAACGCCUCAAAGAAUUGGAUGUGAAUGACCAAAGGAACUUUAUUGAUGCUUUUCUAAUCCGACAGCAAGAGGAGAAGAACAAGAACAAGACUAACAAUUUUUUCCAUAAUGAAAACCUAAAGGCUCUUGUGAUUAACUUAUUUAGUGCAGGCACGGAGACCACUUCAACUACCUUGCGUUGGGGUUUGUUGCUGAUGAUGAAGUACCCUGAAAUCCAGAAUAAGGUCCAAGAAGAGAUUGCAAAGGUGAUCGGGUCUGCUCAGCCUCAGAUUGAACACCGAUCAAAACUGCCAUAUACAGAUGCAGUAAUCCAUGAAGUUCAGAGGUUUGCUAAUAUUCUCCCUAUGGACUUGCCACAUGCCACCACUACGGAUGUCACUCUAAAAGGCUACUUCAUUCCAAAGGGAACUCAUAUUGUUCCAUUAUUGUAUUCUGUGCUGUAUGAUGAAUCUCAGUGGGAAAAGCCCCUUAAAUUCUACCCGGAGCACUUCCUUGAUUCCGAAGGAAAGUUUCUAAAGAGAGAUGCCUUCAUGCCUUUCUCUGCAGGUCGGCGAAUCUGUGCUGGUGAGACCCUUGCCAAAAUGGAGCUCUUCCUGUUCUUUGUAAGUCUGCUACAGAGAUUCACUUUCCAGCCAGCCCCUGGGACGUCUAAAGAAGACCUGGACCUUUCCCGUGCAGUUGGGUUUACUUCGCCUCCAAUACCCUACUAUUUAUGCGCUUUACCACAUUCUUAAAAUUCAACCGUGCUCAUCUCUCCUCUGCACAACACUCUCUUUUCCUGCACCUUCUUGACUGCUAAAAACAUUUUAGACUCAGUGGAUCCAAACUGUACUUUGUCACAAGUCUUAGUGCUUCAAAUGCCUAGUGGGGAACACUCCACAAGUUAAUGAAGAGAAAUAACUUAGUUCAAAAUUUGAUCCUCACUUCCUGAAUCAUUAGCUGUACAGAACAAAAAGAAUGAUGUAUUUGUAUCUGCGUGCUGAUUCCUUUAAUUCACUCGUUAUAUAAUGACUUUGAAAUUCCAUGACCACCAAAUUGGGUUACGAUGAUAUUAACAUCCAAGUGAGAUCCAUCCAAUGGUAUCAGCUAUGUAGACAAAACAAAUAUAUUUCAUUAGUACCGUAUUCCAGACAUUAGACUGGCUUCACAAAUGAUUAAGGCCUACCUUUUCUACUAACUUUGGAACUUGUUGAAGUCUUAUGUCUGAGAAAGAUAUAUAACACUAGAACAGUUCACUGAAUGAGUAAACAAACCCAGAUGCCUAAUUUGUAAAACAUUUUGGGGGGUUGAGAAUUAAAGAAACCGGCUUGGAUCCAGCCAGCUGUUUCUGUAGGCAGAAUGAUUUCUACCUACAGAGCCUGAGUUGGGUUGCAUUGGGAGAUGAAGGCACAUCCUGUGGGCAGAAAUCAUUGGAUCCCAGCCACCGACUUGUGCUUUUGCACCAAGGCACGUUUCAAGCCUUCCUCUGAUGCAAAAUACAUUGAAAAGCCUCUUUCAAAGGAGGAAGGCUUCAUACCUGGCUGACUGGAAGGAUAAGAUACAAACAAAUCUUUUUGGAAAACCUGGUUUUGUUGAAGCUCUUUCAUGGUGUUGACCAUUCAUUCAUCGGUUAGGGUCACAAUCACCUUCUUGCUUAGCCACCAACUCACAGGACACAUCUGUCUUUCUUCUUUCCAUUGUUACCAUAGGCAUCUUAAUGACCCUCAUUACAGAGUUACGUUCUUGUAAUAAGGAUUAUCGAACACUGUGUAUAUCGAAGCUGUUGUCAAUUUUAGUCAAAAUAAAAAUUGUUCUCUAGCAUAUGA